GACUAACUGACUUAUCUGGCUGUUACUCAACUGUCUGACGACGUCUUUUGGGCCAUGGCUUUUAAAGUGGCCCUUGGAUCUGUGGAGAUAGCUUAAGCUGGAAAUGCACUUAAACGAAGCUAUUGAGCUAUUACCUGAGCGCAAUUUAAGGAACCUGGACAUGGCCCUGAAUAAGGGCAAAUACAAGCCGACAAUCUGUUCCGUCGAUGAGGUGGACGAUCGCAGCUAUAAGCUUCACACCGGUCAGCAGCAGAAUGAUGAGCGCAAUGAUGGCGGCCUGGGCAGCAAGCAGCCGACCGAGGGCAGCGAAACGGCGCCGCUGACAACCAAUCAGCAGAAGCUUCACAUGGACGAUGCUGGACUCACGCCCAAGGAGCUCGAGGCUGCACGUAAGGAGGCGCUUAGCGAUGCCAGUGCAGUGGGUGGUGUUACGCCCACCGCAAAUACACCAAACUCGACGCAUGCAUCUGCAAAUGGACUCAGAGGACGACGCUCCUUUGACGCACUGAUGAGCCUGUCGCGCAAGCGUCGCAUCUUGUAUGUGACCACAGUCUGCCUCUGCGCCGUGCUUCUGGUGAUCAUCAUCAUGCUGGUGGCCUUCUGGCCGGAGGUGCCCUUCCAUAUGCGAGCGCCGCUCUGCCUGCAGCGGGAGUGCGUCGAGAGCAGUCGCCAGCUGCUGCUCUGGGCCAACACAACGAAGAGUGCCUGCCACGAGACAUACGAUUGGGCUUGCGGUAACUUUGGCCGGGAAUACGCCGAUAGCGAAUACUUUGUGAUCAAGCGCGGCGAAUGGAACUAUAAGACUUAUAAUGAGUAUCAGGAACUCAACGAACUGAAUCGUUUUAUCUCCAUGCUGCCCAAUGCCGCCGAGGGUGCUGUUGAGUCCACCAUAAGCAGCCUCUAUCGCAAUUGUCGCGACAUCGAUGCCCUGGACAAGAGCCAGUCGGAUCUAUUGCUCAAGCAGGCUAUGAAAUCUGUGGGUGGCUGGCAGGCAUUUUCGGCAACAAAUCGCUUGCUGAACUGGGAGUACAAAAGCGCACUGAAGCAUCUGCAUGCCAAAUUUGGAAUCUUUCCCUAUUUUCGCGUGAGCGUUGAGAACAGCUAUAAUAUACCAUACGAUUACAUAAUCACCCUGGACGAGGGCGAGCUAGGACUGCCGGACAAGUAUUUCUAUGGCCCCGAUGCCGACGAUGAAGUGGUGCGCGGCUAUAAGUUGCUCCUGCGUGACUUUGCCAUUAACUUGGGUAUUGUUGCUCGUGAGGCGGAUAUCUUUGCAGAUGACAUUUUCCACUACGAGCGCCGCAUCGUCAAUCACAUUGAGUCGGCCAAGGGGAGCGGGGAUCGUCAGCAGAACAAGCUGCUCCGGCUUUCCGAUCUCAAGAGCAUCGCACCAUCGCUGCCCAUUCUGGAGUCACUUCAGGCCAUUUUUACCAACACAAAGAUCAGCGAGGAGACGGAAGUGAUGGUGCGUGAUGUGGAAGUCUUCCAUGCGAUAUCCAAUCUAAUUUCCACAUCGGACAAGAAACCAAUUAACAACUUUAUCAUUUGGUCGCUAGCGCGUCAAAUGCUACCGCAUCUUUCCAAGGAGUACCGCACGCUGGCCGAACAUUUUGAUCAUUCGAUUUAUGGGCGGACCGCCAGCUAUCCGCGUUGGCUCCACUGCAGCAAGGUGGUGCGCGACUGGUUGCCAUUUGCGGUGGAUGCACUGCAGCAGCAGCCCCCCAAGCAGCAGUUUGAGGGAACGUAUCGCAGUCAGAUCAGCGAUGCUGCUGACAGCCUAACCAAAACUGUUGGCAAUGAGAAGUUCCUGCAGCUAAUGUUUUACAGUUUGCGCAAUCAACUGCAGGAUUCAUUGGCGCAGGCGCAUUGGCUAGAGCCAACAGCCCAAAAGUUUCUGCACAAGAAGCUAGCCGAGAUGCGUCUCCAGUUUGGCAUACCCAGCGAAGUGCUCGAUCAACCCAAAUACAUUAGCGACUACUACAACGAUCUGCUGCUGAGCAAUCUGAACUUUGUUGAGCAUUUGGUUUCCAUUUGGACAUUUCGCCGAUCGCGCAUGGAAGAUAAGCUGAAGACAUUGCCAAUGCUGGAUGUCAUUGUGUCCGAGAUGUACACCAGAGAUCAUCCGCAACCCAUUGCAUACUCCAACAAGCUCAACAUGCUGCUCAUCUCGCGAGUACUGGUCAAAAACAACUACUACGACUAUCGCUAUCCUGUGUCCGUCAAUUUUGCUCGUAUUGGCACUGACAUAUUGGAGACGCUGAUCGACAAUUUUGCCACCUUUCUGCUGCAGUUCAAUGCACAGAGCUCGGAGCUUAGCGACGCAGUGCCCGAGAUUGAAUAUGCCCAGCCGGAUGUUGGCUGUCUGACAGCCGGCCAACCGCCGCGUCUUGGGCAUGAGUUGCGCGCCCUGUCAGUGGAUGCGCUCAAGAGCUUUCAUGUAACGCUCAGCGCUGCUCGGACCGCAGCACGAGCGUUGAGCAGCUUUGUGACGGCUAUCGAUGCGGGCAGCGCCAUCGAGGGUGCCGGCAUCGAUCAGGUGGCCACCUAUGAUGCGCUGGGGCUCACGCGGCGGUUGCGCGUGCCCGGCCUGCGUUCCUUCAAUGAGAACGAGCUCUUCACGCUGGCCUACAUGCAGCAGCACUGUAGUACACCAAUUGCGGACAAGGACUAUGCACGCAUCAAGCCCCAUGUGGAGCGACAGUUGGCCGAGCGGUAUCUUUUCAACGCUACUUGGCAGCAUAUACAAUUCCUGCCACGCUCCACAAACUGUGCCGCCUCGGAAACCAGCUGCUCCAAUUUGCUGUGAGGGGACCAAGUACAUGCCGCAUAACUCAAUGUACUCGGUGUGUAGGAUUCCUUACUUCAGCCACAUAUUUAUUGUACUUUUUUUUACAUCCAAGCACACAACACACACACCCACACACACCCACACACACACACACCCAGAGACGAAGAGUUAUGCCACACAAAAAUCGCGCAAAACUUAGUUUGUAAUUAAGCGGUAAAGUUAGUCUACAUAUUUGUAAUAAGUAGCAUUACUUUCAACAACAUUUGUAACACAUGAAGCGACAAAAACUACUCUUGACAUCACUUACACCCCAACACACACACACACACACACACACACUCACACGCACUUACACUGACAGCCAUGCAUUGUAUACUUUUAGGCCGCAUCAUUGAAAUCGCGACAGUUACGUUGUUGAAUAUAGAAUGUAAUCACACUUAAACUGCAUAUGCCUAAUCGACGACAUAUUCCAUAGUUCUGUAGUGCGUAAUAUAGUCCUACUUAGCCGAUAAGCGCAUUGACCACUGUAUAAAUUGAAUUUAAUUUCUAAACGUUCUUCAAAACAAUAAAAAGAACACGAAUUUUUCCAAUGAAA